UUUGACCAUAGAAACUCUCAUCAUUUAAACCUGUCGGCCUCGAAGCUACUAUUCGGGCACGUAAUCAACAUAAAAAUGUUGGCGAGACCAUCUGCUUCGACUCUCCGACUUGAACUUCCUUCCCUCCUUCCCAGCUGCCGUCGCACAUGUACUCGCAACUUCUCCAGCUUCGCUCCUUUUCGGUUGCCGAAAGACCACGCCCCACGUUUUUACCCCACCAAGACCAAGACGUUUGACCCCUCCAUUCACCUCAAACUCUUCCCCUCCGAAGCUUCAUCUACUUUUUUAUCCUCAUCUAUAUCACAUAGUUUCUCUUUCCAAACAAGACAGUUAAGCACCAUGUCUGCCGUUAAGGAAUACUCUCUUCUCUGUCUCGAGAACCCUCUCCUCGACAUCCAGGCCAAGGGUGACCAGGCUCUUCUUGACAAGUAUGGUCUCAAGCCUAACGACGCCAUCCUCGCAGAGGAGAAGCAUCUCCCUCUCUACGAAGACCUCCUAAACAACUACGAUGCCAAGCUGAUUGCUGGAGGCGCUGCACAAAACAGUGCUCGAGGUGCUCAGUACAUCCUCCCUCCUAACAGUGUCGUCUACCUUGGUGGCGCUGGUGAUGACAAGUAUGCUGCUAUCCUUCACGAUGCUGUCAAGGCCGCUGGUCUCCGUGUUGAAUACCGUGUCGACCCCAAGGAGAAGACUGGCCGAUGUGGUGCUAUCAUCACCGGCCACAACCGAAGCUUGUGCACAGAUCUUGGCGCUGCUAACCACUACGACCUCGAUCACUUAAAGAAGCCUGAGAUCUGGAAGCUCGUUGAGAACGCUGAGGUCUACUACGUCGGUGGUUUCCACUUCACUGUCUGCCCUCCUGCCAUUAUGGAGCUCGCCAAGCAGGCUGCUGAGCACAACAAGCCUUUUGUUCUCUCCCUGUCUGCUCCUUUCAUCCCUCAAUUCUUCAAGGAGGUUGUCGAUGCCAGCGCCCCUUACUGGGACUACAUCAUCGGCAACGAGACCGAGGCCGCCGCCUAUGCCGAGUCCCACGACCUCCCUAGCAAGGAGCCCAGGGAUGUUGUCAAGCACCUCGCCAACCUUCCCAAGGAGAAUACCAAGAGAAAGCGAAUUGCCAUUGUCACUCAGGGUACCGACCCUACUCUGGUUGCUAUCCAGGGUGAGGACGAUAUUAAGGAGUUCCCCGUUCACGCUAUUGAGAAGGAGAAGAUCAACGACACCAAUGGUGCUGGUGACGCCUUUGCUGGUGGUCUCCUGGCUGGUAUCCUCCAGAACAAGCCCCUCGAAACCAGCAUUGACAUGGGCCAGUGGCUCGCUCGUUUGAGCAUCCAGGAGCUUGGACCUUCGUAAGUUUACCCGCAUGCACCAUUCUUGCCAAGUUGUGUUCCCAAAAUUUACUGCUUCAUUCCUCUACCUAUCUUUCUUAUCAACAGCAUAGCUCCUUGACUAGGGCACCAAUCCCAGUAACAUGAUAACAAACCUCAACUAACUCUCAUGCAGAUACCCCUUCCCCAAGCAAACCUACCAGGCUGCUUAAAUCUAUUAACAACUCAUCUUGCACAUCCUUCUUGGAUAAUUGAAUGUGGUUCGGCGUUGCUGGGGAAAAGGGAAACGGUUUCAACAACGGCGUUUGCAUCCAAAGGGAGAAUAUACCCCAAACUGAGGGCUCCCAAGCGCAUUGAGCGGCAUGGUAUCCUCCACGAUAUCGAGUAUUUGGCAAGCAUAUUAUCUGAGUGAAUAUAAAAUGAAUGACUUCUUGCUUUAAAACCCAAGAUCUUGCACCGACGAAUGGUGUCUAUACCAUCAGACUGGAUGAAUACCGACUAAGCUUGACCCGGUUGGCGAGCAAACUCAUCAGCUGUCGCACGAGGUCCGAAGACAUGGAGCAGCCGAGGUAGGCCAGCGUACUGCACCUGUAAAACUGAUCCAUUAUGCCGUCAACAUCUUCGAAAGCUGACCGAUUCCAAAAGAUCAGUACUCCAUGCUGGGACACGUGCAGGUGCUUUAUAGCGAAUCGUCGGCUAUGCAAUCAAUCAUGUUCCGUCCCGAGUGGUCUAGACCAGGAACGAGACGUUUUUGAAAGCGCAAGAGUCGACGAAAAACUGGGCAGAUUGGAAUAUCCCAAUUUCCACGGCGGUGUACUAAAGCACAAAAGAACAACCUACGCUUCUACUUAUUGCCAUAAAAGGCAGCCUGCAGGAUGGCAGCAUCAUAACUGGAUGUCGUUUCAUCCAUCUGGAAACGUCGGCCCGACGAGGAUGAUGCAGGAUCCUGGAUGUGAUUGCGAUCGUAGCGGCUCGUGUCCAUAUAGCCAACUCCAGU